AGACUUCUGUACCAGGUGGUUUCCUCCCGCGGCGGCCGGGGGAACCUUGGAGGCAGAACCCACAAGUACUAUGGCCUCUGACCUAGAGAGCAGCCUCACCUCCAUAGACUGGCUGCCCCAGCUGACUCUCCGAGCUAGCAUUGAGAAGCUUGGGAGCGCUUCUCAGGCUGGGCCUCCAGGGGGCAGCCGAAAGUGUUCCCCAGGCUCUCCCACGGAUCCGAACGCCACCCUCAGCAAAGAUGAGGCAGCAGUCCACCAAGACGGCAAGCCGCGAUACAGCUACGCCACCCUCAUCACCUACGCCAUCAACUCUUCUCCAGCCAAGAAGAUGACCCUCAGUGAGAUCUACCGCUGGAUCUGCGAUAACUUCCCCUACUACAAGAACGCUGGCAUAGGCUGGAAGAAUUCCAUUCGACACAACCUUUCUCUUAACAAGUGCUUCCGGAAGGUGCCCAGACCUCGGGAUGACCCUGGGAAGGGCUCUUACUGGACAAUUGACACCUGCCCUGACAUUUCCCGGAAGAGAAGACACCCUCCAGAUGAUGACCUAUCCCAAGACUCUCCAGAACAGGAGGCCAGCAAGAGCCCCCGGGGAGGUGUUCCAGGGAGUGGAGAAACCUCGCUGCCUCAUGAGGGGAAUCCUCAGAUGUCACUGCAGAGCCCUUCCUCCAUGGCCAGCUACAGCCAGGGCCCAGGGCCUGUGGAUGGCGGAGCGGUGGCAUCGGGGGCUCCAGGCCGAGAAAGCACAGACGGGGCCCCUCCCCUCUACAAUACCAACCACGACUUCAAGUUCUCCUACUCAGAGAUCAACUUUCAGGACCUAAGCUGGUCCUUCCGCAACCUCUACAAGUCCAUGCUGGAGCGGUCCUCCUCCCAGCACGGGUUUUCCUCACUCCUGGGAGACAUGCCGCCUUCUAACAACUACUACAUGUAUCAGCAGACACCACCUCAGCAGCCGCCGCAGCCGCAGCAGCCGCCGCCGCCGCAGCCGCCGCCGCCACCCCAGCAGUCACAGCCCCAGCAGCCCCAGGCACCCACUCAGGGCCCCUCCGCUGUAGGGGGUGCCCCUCCACUGCACACCCCAAGCCCUGAUGGUUGUCCGACACCAGGGGGGAAACCAGCUGGAGCGGAAGGCUACGGACCCCCGGGUGUGAUGGCCCUGCAUCCUCCCCCACUGCAGCACGGAGGUUACCACCCUCAUCAGCACCAUGCCCACCCCCACCCUGCCCAGCAGCCAGCGCCGCAGCAAGCACAGAGCCAGGCGCCCAUCAACAGCUCUGGCUUUGCCUUUCCUCCAGACUGGUGCUCCAGUAUUGACUCCUUAAAGGAAAGCUUCAAAAUGGUGAACCGGCUUAACUGGUCCAGCAUUGAGCAGUCUCAGUUCUCCGAGCUGAUGGAGAGUCUACGGCAGGCAGAGCAGAAGAACUGGACCCUCGACCAGCAUCACAUCGCCAACCUGUGUGACUCCCUCAACCACUUCCUCACCCAGACUGGUCACAUGCCCCCACAAGGGGCCUCCCAUCGGCCGCCUGCCCCUGCCCGCAUCCCUGACUCCUGUGCUCUCACCAGUGGCAAAGCGGAGCCAUCCAUGAACCAAGUGAACUCUUAUGGGCAUCCACAAGCCUCCCAUCUCUACCCUGGCCCAGCACCAAUGUACCCAAUCCCCACCCAGGACACAGCAGGAUACAGUCGCCCAGCACAUCACAUGGUCCCGCGGCCUCCCGUCCCACCUCCUGGUGCCACUGAGGAGAUUGCUGAUGACUUCGACUGGGACUUGAUCACUUAGUGAAUCAGAGUGGACAUCAGCCCAAGGCCUGGUGGUGAAUUCUCGCCGUGGUGGAAGAACAGCCCUCGCCCAUCCUCCCCAAACCUGUACAUAGAUAUAUAGCUUCUGUCUGUUCUCUGUCAGAGAAGCCACCGCAAGAUGCUGCCGAAGAUAACCCCUUUCCUUCCUCAUUCUCCGGUCCCUCCUAGUUCUUCUGUUAUUAUUCUAAUUAUAUUAUUAUUAUUAUCGGUUAUGUACUGCCCAGUACCGACCCUUCACCAUGGGCUCUGCCCUCCUUUUUCCUAUUUGAAAUCUUCCAGAUGCAAGAUGAGGCCGUGGUAGCUGCAGAGAAAGGUUUCAAAUUCUAGUUCCGCUUUCUCUCUGUGAAACGCAAUGCUGCUUCUACCUUUCAGCUCUAAACUGUGUUCUGUUCCUGUCUGGGCCUGGAUAGGCCUCAGCGAGUGGAGAGUCUAAGACACUGCUUGGCAGCCAUGACUUUGCGGGUUUUACUCAAUGGUGCUAAUUGUGUCCUGAACUCUUCCUGUGUGCACCCAGUCUUUACUUCUUCUGGCAGUCCUCAUUCCCCACGAAGGGUGGACUUGGACAGUUGAGUUGAGUAGAAAGCCAUGGAGAAGUGAUGGGGUAUAAAUCAGCAUGACGUUGGGUGUGUAUUGCCGUGUCAGGGCAUCCCUGGCUUCCUCCUGCCAUGUCAGGGCAUCCCUGGCUUCCUCCUGCCGUGUCAGGGCAUCCCUGGCUUCCUCCUGCCAUGUCAGGGCAUCCCUGGCUUCCUCCUGCCAUGUCAGGGCAUCCCUGGCUUCCUCCUGCCAUGCCAGGGCAUCCCUGGCUUCCUCCUGCCAUGUUAGGGCAUCCCUGGCUUCCUCCUGCCAUGUUAGGGCAUCCCUGGCUUCCUCCUGCCAUGCCAGGGCAUCCCUGGCUUCCUCCUGCCAUGUUAGGGCAUCCCUGGCUUCCUCCUGCCGUGUCAGGGCAUCCCUGCUUCCUCUUAGCUACUGCUCUCAGGUUAGCUUGUAUGGGAGGGCAUGAGGACCACUGUUCAUCAUUGAUUCAGCCUCUUGGAAACACUUCCAAUUUAAAGCAUUUGGCUUUGGAAAAAGAGUUCUUUCUGAGGAUUAACUGUGGCCAUUACUGCAUAUAUUGUCUUCCAUUUUCUUUUCCCAAAUGAUUUUGUCUUCUGUAGCUGUUUGUCCAGAUCACCCCCCCCCCCCCCGUCUUAUUUUCUCCCAUUUUCUGGCAUUCUCGAAUGACAAGAGGAAGCCCCUGUCAAUCUGAGUCUCUUCACAUCCUAGACGCGCUGCGGAAGCCUCUUUCCUGUCAGAGCAGACUCUACCCGUAGACACGGGCAGGGAGCGCUUUCUUGAAAUCCCUGUCAGUGGGACUGAAGCUUUUGAUUUUGACAGGCCAUGAAAAUCAUAGGAGGCAAGUUAAUAUGGAGACAGGAUGCAGUGGAGGCCAGGGGCGCUUGCUCCAGACAUGAGGGUGAGUAACCUCCAUUAACAAUAAGUGGCCAUGACUUAUUGCUGCAGAGUUCUUAGUGAGUGUGUUUGUUGAAUUUGGCUUAUGAGAGGGAAGACCAAGUUACUUCCAUUUUCCUGAAAUGGACAAUAUACAUAGUUUAGACAAGGCCAGGCUCUUUGUGGUUUCUGAUUUUUGUUCAUUUUCUUUUCUUUACCCAUGAUUUCCAAGAUACUGGGCUUCCCAUCCCGAUUUCCUCCUCACCAACCCCUCUCCUUUCUUUAGAAGGGGUUAAUUAAUGUAUGAGAUCGGUGAAGUCCAGUGAGGCUAGGUGAAGGGGCAAGACAGGGCAGUUCACUAAAGAGCACUUUAUUUCUUUUGAAGCCUUUGUAAGGAAAAAGAGGGGGGCGGGGUAUAAGAAAAAAGAAACACCCUACAACACUGUGGGAGAUGGUACUGGAGACCAUUUGGUGGGGUUGAAGUAUGAUCAAUGUUUCUUACUGGGGAAGGGAGUGUUUCUCUUGAGGGUGGCACAUGCCUUUGCCCGGUGCCCAAUUAGACAUCUCCUUACUCCUUCCUUUCAGGUGUAUUCUAUGCAGCUUCCCUUUGGUUUUCCUCAACAUCUUGCCUUUUCAGAGUAACACCCUCUUUCUAAACACCUUCCUGGUCAGAUCUGUAUGAGGUUGGGAAGGGUAGGCUGAAUCAUACUUCUAAAUGCCCCUGGCUCCUCCAUGUCUUGAGAACUAGUCCCAUGAAGGGCCCGGUGGGCAGCCAGAGCAGCUGAAGUAUGGGGCUAGGGCCUGAAGACUGGCCUUAGCCCUCCUGGGGUUCCAGCUCUCCCCCACCAGGCUCAGGCUUGCAAAAUGGCACCGGACAAACUUGAUUCCCUUUGGGCCUCCGUUUCCCAUCCCCUCCAUGAAGUGGAAAGAAAACUACUUUAUUUUGUUGGUCCAGUGUUGCUGGACGUGAAAUUUAGUCAUUGUUGUUGUCUUGGGUGAUGUGUGCAAAAUUGUAGGAGUCACUGCCUGUAAGAGGGGAUAAGGGGAAAAGCAGAGGAGAAGGACAAAAGGAGAAGUCAUUUGAUAUUGAUCCACCUAUCCUAGGCUUCCUCUCCUCAACUCCCAUGUUUCUGGUUUGGUGAGUUCUUUAUACCACCCAUAAUGCUUUGCAUUGGUGCAGGCUGGGAAGAGGGUAUAUAGGCUCACAACUUGAUUUUUUUUUUUUUUUUUG